AUGGACUUCCUCAGGCAACACUUCCCUGGGCUGCAUCAGGCCUUGAGAGGAGCACUGGACUCCUUCAGCACCUUUGUCUCCUACCUCAUUGGAGAUGGAGUCCCCACUGCCCAGAGGGGAGCGAGUCACGCAGCUGAGGAACUAGGGGAGGUGGGUGCGGGAAGGCUCAGGAGGGCUGUGGAGGAGGAAGCUCAGGAGGCCCUGGAAGGCCUUGGUGGCAGCCAAAACGAAGAGUGUGAAGGGCUGAGAGGACCUGGAGCGGCUGGAAGACGCCAGGAGGAAAUUUCAGCUGCAGAACAGACCCGGGGUUGGGAAGAAGGCAGCUCCCAUGGAUCCCAAGCAGAUAAACAAGAUAAGGGGACCUGCAAGGCAGUCCAGGACACCAGGUGCCAGGAGCCAAAGGCCCCCUUGGAGACCUGGAAGAAGCCUGAGGCAGGGGCUGCGGUUGGCCGAGACAAGAGCAGUGAAGCCCAGGACAAGCAGGAGCCCGGUGAGCAGGAAGUGAACAGAGGGGAGACACUGAGAACCUGGGAACAGGAGGAGGAGGAAGAGGUCAGGGCAAGAGAGCCAGGGGUGGCCGAAGGGGUGGAGUCAGAGUGGACCUGGCACAAGGAGUCUGAGGGGAAGGCUGUGGUUGGCUGGCAAACUGUGGCAGAGGAUGGUAGGGAGACACAGCAGGCCAAUGAGGAGAUUGGAGAGGAGACCCAGAGGCCUGAGGUUGGGAAGGAAGAAGAGGUGAUGAUAAUGGUGAGGGGAGACCAUGCCCUGGAGGAACUGGGGGUACAGGGUCCAAGGGCAGAGCAUGGAGUCUGGCCAGCCUCGAGCAGGGAAGAGACCCAAACUGCUUCAGGUGGUGCAAAGGCCUGGACCACGUCAGUGAGGGAACAGGCUGACCACCCAGUAGUCAGGGAGACAGACUAUGAGACAGUCCUGGAAGGAGGGACCCCAGAGGGCACUGAGAAUGUCCGGGUCCAAGAUGAGGCCUCUGAGGAAGACUAUGUAAUGGAGGUGGAUGAGAAGACAGAGGCUGAAGACAGCCUUUCCCCCAAACACACCCAGGACUCAGGAUCCAAGAGAGAAGAAGGGGCUGAAGCUCCAGGGGCAGGGAGGGAGGCCAGGGGAGCCUGGGAAUCAGAAGAGGAGGAAGUGGAGGAGUUUGAGGGCCAGGAAGGCCAAGGCAGGACUGAGGCUGAGGGGAGGCAAGACUCCGAGGUCAGGGUUCCUCAGGUCAGGCUUGAGGAGACGACGCAGAAAGAGGAGGAGAAGGGGACUGGCUGGGCCACAGAAGCCCGGCUACUCCAAGAUGAAGAGACAAAAGGGGCUGAAGGUGAUGCAAACUUAGAGGCAACCCUGGAAGCCAGGUCCGAGGUGUUCACAGGGCAAAGGAGUGAGGAUGAGGCUCAGACAGGAUGGAGCGGCUGCAGAGCAGAAGAGGAAGGCCUUGGAAGGAAAAUCGGUCAAAGUGAGGAGCCAGAGCUAAAGGAAGUGGCCCAGUUCCUGGCAGAGAACACAGACGACAGCCACAGGACUGAGGAAGAACUCGGGAAGUUUCCAGAAAUGGGCAAAGAGGAAACAGAAAGAAACCUGGUGGAGGAUGCCAGGUCCUUAGAUUGUGGACAAGCUGCUGUCCGCGUCUCUGAGGCAGAUGCCUGGGGAGCCCAGAGGAGAAGGGACGUGGAGAGAGGAGGUAGCCUGGAGAAAGUCGAUGAUGCUGAGGAGGAGGCUGCAGGAGGGGCUGAGGCCGAGAGAGGUGGAGAAGCUGAACUACAGGGGCAGUGGGAGACCACCCCAGACGCUGAGUGUGGGGCAGUGGCGGAGGAGGACCCUCUGGAAGCAGAGAACCGGGAGCCAGGUGGGGGCUGCGAGGCAGAAACAGGGACAGGUCAGUCACUAGAAAAGUCAGAAGCCAAGGAUGAGAAGGUAAAGUCUGCAACGCCAUGGUGGGAGCACAGGCUGGAGGUUCUGAACUUCCAGGAGAGACAGGACGUGCCGACCUCAAGUUGUGUGGCUCCCGAGAGGCUGGGAGAUACGGCAGACCUGGAUGUAAAGGAGGCUGCAGUAGAGGCAGGACCAGAAAGGGAGGUUGGAGGUUCCUGGGAGAGGGAGUUUCAGAGAGGCUGGGACUCAGGUGAGAGAGAGGAGGCUGAGGGAGGUAGGGAGCUUUCUGAGGCCCAGCAUGUGGAGGCCACGGAGGGAGAGGACAGGAGUGGGCAGGAGUUCAGCCUGGAGGCCUCUGCAGAGGACGAAGAGAAUGGCCGAAGACAUCAGGCAGAGGCUUUGGAGGCCAAAGGAGAGUCUGAGAGGGACCAGGCCCAGAUUGGGGAAUGCUCAGUGGCAGAUAAGAUCUUGAGGAUGGAUUGCUUUAUCUCAGGUUCCCUGGUGGCAAGAACAGAGGGGACUGUGGCCAUGGGGGAAGCUGAGGGGCUCCUGGGAAAGCAGGCAGUGGAGGGGAAAGUGGAGGAGUGGCAGAUGGUAGAGGACUUAGAGGACGGGGAGCAGCGUGGGGACCACAACCUUAUGGGAAAAGCACGGAGGACUCUUGAUGUGGAGGGUUUUGAGGUGGCUGGAGGCCAGAGGCUGGAGAAUAAGGAGGUCAGGGAAGAUGAGGAGGUUGGGGAGGCAAGGGAAGCCGAGGCAGCCUCGGAGGCCGAGGAGACUGGAGAGAUGGAGAAUAAGGAGACGGUGGCCUGGGAAGCCGAGAAGCCCGAGGAGGCCAAAGAGAAGGAAGCUGAGAAAGCCGAAGAGGCCUGGGGAGCUGGGUCCACUGAGGAGGCGGACAUGGAAGGCCUGAAGGACAUAAAUGGCCAGAAAGAACAGCCAACAACUCCAGACCAUCCAAAGGCUGAGCCCGAGCUACCCAUGGAGGCAGAGGCUUCAGAGACCGCAGAAAGUGCCCCAGGGGAUGCUCCCAGCAGCUGGAGUGAGGCCCCGCUCCCUGGCCUCCGCCUCGAUGUCUCCAUCUCCCGGAGCCGAGCGCUUCUCUUCCGUAACUCCUCCCAGCGCCGCUCCAGGCCCUCUUCCCUGCGGAUCCCUGCACUUGAGCUGCACAUGGAGCCCCCCAGCCCACCCCUCAGCCCACCCCCAGAAGCAGAGCUAUCAAAUUCCCAGCAGACACCCCUCCAGCCAGAGGAAACCCCAGAAGAACCAAGUCUUCCAAGGCCCGAAGGGACCCCAAUACCAGCCAGGAGAAGGCCUCUGGGACACGGGUUUGGCCUCGCACACCCCAACAUGAUGCAGGAACUGCAAGCCCGACUGGGCAAGCCGAAACCCCAGUGA